AGUGUGUGUCUUAUCGCAGGGAUCCAUCCAGUGUUUUUGUGAGUCUGUUUGUGUGUGUGUGUGUUUCCUGCUAUUCUUCUGCCUGUUGGUUCUCACACACACACACACACUGCAGUCUGAAGUAUGCAACUUCACACACUCUGUGUCAGAUGGAGUCAGAUCUGGUUCUAGUUUUGAGACCAGACUUGGUUUUUGUCCUUUCUAUAUCACCACAAGUUUUAGACCUGGUUCUGGGUUUGAUUUGGAUUUUUCUGGAUCUAAAUUUCACCUGGAUACGGUCAUGUGAAGUCUACAUCUGGAUCAGAUCUGGUUUUAGACCCAGUCCUGUUUUAGAUCUGGACCUGGAUCACAUGUUGACAGAUCUGCAGGAUUAGAACCAGAGACCUUAUGAUGCACACGAUCCACCGUCUGUGUCGAAUCUGCAUCGGACAGAACCUUCCUCAGGUGACCAUCGUCCGAGGAUCAGAUGGAUUUGGAUUCACAAUCUGCUCCGACUGUCCAGUUAGAGUCCAGGCUGUCGAUCCUGGAGGUCCGGCUCAUCGGUCUGGACUCCGUCAGGGAGACUUGGUCCUGCAGCUGAACGGACUUCCUGUGGAAACCUGGAAGUGUGUGGAGCUCGCCCACACCAUCAGGACUUGUCCGUCUCAGAUAGUGUUGGUUGUGUGGAGAGGUUUACCUGACCUCAUGGCAGGAAGUGAAGCUUUGCUCGGCCGACGGACACACAACACCACGACAGGCAUGUUGCCUGACCCCGCCCACAGGAAACAGGAUCGCAGACCGGCUCAGAACUCCGUGGUCCGCGCCAGUCUUGCGGCUCUGGGUUCUCUGUGGAGGGACAGGAAGCACGAGAAUGAGGAGGAAGAACAGGAAGUGACUGAGUACUCCUGCAGCAACACCACACUAAAGGGCACCCGUGUGACAUCAUCAAAUGGAGACAAUUACAUCAUCCUGUCACCUGUCAAUCCAGGAGCACAGCACCUGCUUCCAGUUUGUCAUGACAGGAACGCGACAAUCAGUCCUUUGUACCGGACUCACCCCAGCAGAGGUCAGAACCUUCUCCAGGACCCUCGACCUGAGUCAUCACAGCAACUGUUCACAAGCCGCACUACCACCCGGGCCCGGCCCCUCUCCUCCUCUUCUUCGGCCACGCCCAAUGAUUAUGGCAACUACCAGAACUGCACCAUCGUCCAAUCACAUCUGCCCUGCUCUUCUUAUGAAAGCUACAUGACACUGGCACCAAAAACCCUCAUCUUCCCCAUCUUUGUCCAGCCUCUUGAUCUGUGCAGCGCUGACAGAACCUUACUGAUGUCAGAGGAAAUCAUUCUACACCAAGCUAGGCUGCUGCCUGCAAAGGUGACAGUGUUGAUCUACAACGACCUGCUGCUGUUAACCAGAGAGGACGAGGUCGGCCGCUGUAACGUCCUGCAGAGUCCAGUGUUCCUGAACACACUGCAGCUCAGAGAGGUGUCGUCAGAGCCCCUCCUCAUCCACCUGGUGCAGUCGUCUCAGACGUGUUUUCGUUUCGCCUUCAUACUCGAGUGUUUCAGCAUCGACCAAAAGAUCAGAGUCCGUCUCUGCCUCCGAGACAACAUCCACCAGCAGCUGGUCAACACAGACAUGUCCACGAGUCACCAGCUCUCGCACCUCCCCUCAGAUUUCAGUCUUCUCUCUCUUCAUCAGUCGGACCUCCUCUAUCGUUCGUCCUCUCCUUUCUCCUCAACUGACCCUCCCCUGCUCCCCCCCUCUUCCCCCUACUUCCCCCUCUGUGACAUCCCCCCCUCCCUCUCUCCCCCCUCCCCCAGCUCCUCCUCCACUCCUCCUCCUCCCUCCUUCACCCCCUCACCUCCCUCCAGGACGAUCAAUGGCCUGCCUCACUCCCCCCCCCUUUCCUUUCCCUCCUCCUCCACCAGGAGUCCAGUGUGGAAGGAGAGAGGGAAAGCGGACGAAGACGAGAGGAGGAAGAGGAGGAGGGAGGAGGACGAAGAUGAGGACGUGGAAGAGCGGCAGCAGGGGGAGGGGGAGAGUGCCUCUGAAACAUCGGAGAGUGUGGGAGGGGGGGGGCUCCUGCUGAGCCCUACCCAACUCUACUCAAGGGAGGAGGAACAAAAUGAGGAGAGAGAUGAAAAAGUAAAGGAGUUGGACUCCGCCCACAGAGCUGCAGUUCUGCGUCGCUCGCUCUCGGAGGGUUCACUGCUGCGGGACCCUCCAUCACCCCACUUCCUAUCGGACAGCGCCAUCCACCAACUCACCUGCCCUUUGACCUCUGACCCCGACCCCCUCCCCAGCUCCCCCUGCACUCUGAGAAAACAGCUGACCAGUGAGGGGGGGACUCUACUGCUGCUCAACAGCAACAAGGACUCUGAGUUCAGGAACCUUCACCUAACGAACAAGACUGAGAGUCUAGAUCCAGAUGUUCGGUGUAAUCGCUCAUUUCUACGGCUUCAAGAAAACUGUACCCGCUUCCAUGGAAACAGCUUGGAGAAAGCUCUUAGAAACAACAGACCAUCUCCAGGGGAAGUGCUGAGGUGGGCAGAGAGUCUGGAGGCUCUGCUGACCAAUCAGUAUGGUCUGGCAGUGUUCCGACACUUCUUGAGGUCAGAGUUCAGCGAGGAAAAUCUGGAUUUCUGGUUGGCUGUAGAGAGAUUCAAAAGGAUACGCCCCCUCAUGGCUGUCAGAGCUAUGAAAAUCUAUGAGGAGUUUAUUUCUACCACUGCAGCAAGACAGGUCAACUUGGACUCAACUGUCAGAGAAUCGACCAAUCAGAGCCUGCUUCUCGGAGUUAACCCCGCCUCCUUCCAGUUGGCCCAGGAUCAGAUUUUUGGUCUAAUGGAGACUGACAGUUACCCACGAUUCCUACAGUCCCUUCUUUAUGCCCAGUUGGCCAAUCAUAGAGGAGCUGGGUUUGUCAGUCAAUCAUGAGAGAAACAGGAAGUGGAUCAAAGUGAAGAGGGAACUGAUCUCAUUCAAAGUUCAGAUCUGAUGAUCUGAUUGGCUGUAAGGUUUUCUAAUAGAGGAAGAAAUCUUUCCAGGUGCAUGAUGGUAACUGUAGGCUGCAUCUUGUUGCUCUGACUUCGAGUUAUUUUUUAGUUGUGAAUAUAAACAUUCAUGUUCCCAGCUGAUGAAUCCUACGGAUGUAUCCUGUAGCCACAUGACCAGAUAGCUGCAGAGCUAAUGGCAUAUUAAAGUUAGCAGUAGAGGAUUAUAUACCAUAUAUAUAUAUUUAGGUCAUCACUAUAUAAUGUCUUCUGUGUAGAGGACUAUAUGCUAUAUAUUUUUCAUAUUCUCUGCAUCGAUUAAUUUUCACAGGAGCAUCACUAACAACAACAUGAAACAACAAUGUAGCUCUUUUAAAGUCCCACACUGAAUUUUAAAUGUUUAUUAUACUCUUAGUAUUAAAACUAAACUCAGUUUAAAACACGUUGAAUUUUUAAAUGUAGAAAUAAACACGUUUGUCUCAGAUGUUCUGCUCUUAUUCACAUUUAUACGAACCUUCUUUACUGCAAUGCAUGAUGGGAUAUGUUACCUGGUGAUUGACUAUAGCGUCCGUUUUCCUAUAAAAGGCCGCUAAGAGGCUUAAGUGGGCUCCAGGCUGUUACGCGUCGUACAAUGAAUCCAAGUCUGGUGAUGAAUAUAGUUUGAGAAUUUUAUUGCUGUAGACCGAAUGACAAUUAAUGAAUGAAAACAUGGUUGUUUGACGACGACGACGACGACGACGACGGUAAACAGAAAAUAUAAUCAGGUGCGCCACUAACCCCCUUUCUCCCCCCCCUCCGCUGAUCUGACUGCCCAGGUAUAUAGAUUAAGCCACACCCAUGUGUCAAUCAAAUGGAAGUGACAUGAUCCAAAACAGUGUGACUAACCUUUCAAAAUAAACAAUAAACAAACAGACCAAAUAUGCAUUUUGGCCCCUACAUUGACUAUCAGUUGUCGAUGAUGCAUUGUGGGAAACAAUGAGUUCCCUGUAUAGGGUACAAAAACUUCACUAAGCAUUUGGACAGAGCUACAAAAUUGCAGAUUCACUAUAUAGAGAUUAAAGUAUCACAUGUUACACAGAGUACCAUAUGUGUGUCCAGAUAGUACAACAUGAGUACACAGAACAACAUGAGAGGACAGAUGGUACCACAUGGUAGUACACAUGUAGUACAUGUGUGCACAGGGUACUACAUGUCACUCAAUCAACCACAUGUUAUUUGUCUCACAGAUGUUCACAAGGAUCAACUUCCUGUUCUUAACUCAACAAGAGUCAAACAGAAACUUAGUGAUCAGUGAAUAAACUCAGUCCCAAGUGAGAAUCCUCUCCCAGGAGUACACAAAGUACUUUGUAUGUGUACAGAGUACUACAUGUGUGCACUCUGUGUUCUAAAUGUGAAUACACAGAGUUAGCAGAUUAUUCAGAUUUAGUCGUGUCUAGUUUUUUAAUAAAAAGAAUAAAUGUGAUAGAUGACUGUCUUCCUGCUUCUUCUUCGUAGGUUUAUUUGUCGCAGAUGUAUGUGUGUGUGCGUGUGUGUCUUUGUGUGUGUCUGCUAAGUGUGUGUGUGACAGUUCAGUUGAAUUUAUCUUUAACCUCUGGACAAUGUCAAGUUAUUUAAAGACUAAAAGACAAAGAGCAUUAUGGGUAAUCACAGUCCUUAUCACAGUAGGGAAUGUUAAUGAUGAGCAACAAGAGCAACACACACAUAGAGACCCCACACACACACUCAAACACACACACACACACACACACACCUACUUAAACAUAAACACACACAUCCUAUGUAUUAACACUUUAAACAUUACAAACUGGUUCUUCUCAUGUAGUGAAUCCUGUUGUUGUGUUGAUGUGUUGUUGUGUUGAUGUGUUCAGUUCCUUCAGCAUGUGUGUGUCCUGGGAGAGGAUCCUCACAUGGGACUGAGCUUCAUCACUGAUCACUAAGUUUCUGUUUGACUCGUGUUGAGUUAAGAACAGGAAGUUGAUCCUUGUUAACAUCUAUGAGACAAACUGGGAAUAUGAGACAAACUGGGAAUAUGAGACAAACUGGGAUUGCUGAAUAUGGACUUUACAACUAAAACGUGAUAAUUGAUUGAUGUUAUGUUCUGGCAGUUUGUUGCAAUAGUAACAGAGUCAGAGUUAAACUUAUCAAAGACUUUUGAUUAAACCUGAAUUCUGGUUCAAACUGG